CCCUGGUUCCCUGUUGCGUAAGGGGAGGGGAGGGUUCUGGAAGGUUCUCGGCUUCCCUCAGUCGCUGCUGGGCGGCGGGAGCGGGCGGCGGCUGUUGUGAGGGCUGAGUCCUGCCGGGGGUUGUGUCGCGGUUUGUUUCCUGGGUGGAGGAGCCUGGCCGGUCGCUAUGGGGGUGACUCAUGAAGCGGGGUUGUCUCCUCAGGCGUCGCCGCUGGAGCAGGAUCCGUGUGGGGGAAGCCCGGCUGGCUGGAGCCGAAGCGCCCUGGUGUCUCACGGGAACCAGCACCGGGGGUGUCCGGCGGCUCCCAGCGGAACAGAGACCGGGUAUUGCAGAACAACAAUAAAAACGGAACCAGCUUCUGAAAGUACCUGCAUGGAGAAAAUGGUGGUUAGGAAAACUGAAGAUAUGACAGGCUUCAUGGAUGACUUAACCCUCAGCUCACCGAAGAAGAGAGAGUCGUCUUUGAGAUCCAAGCGAAGUUGUGAUAGGUCAUCAACAAGAUCAUCUAGCAGAUCCUCUUGCAGUUCACAGUCCAGUUCAAGUAGUUCCUCUUCAGCUUCCUCCAGGAGUUGGAGCCGGUCCAGAUCAAGAUCAAGGUCAUGGGCUAGAAGAAAUCGUUCCCAAAGGUACAGAAGAUGCUCCCGUUCGUAUUCCAGAAGUCGGUCAAGAUCACGUGGCUACAUGAGAUACCGAGGAAGGUACCAUGCCAGACACUACAGGAGGUACCACCGCUCUCCUCCAAGGUAUAGAUCACGCAGUAGGUCGUGGUCUCGUGGAAGAUCGUAUUACAGAAGGUCCUAUUCGAGAAGCAGAUCACGUUCAAGAGGCCGAAGAUAUUAUGGAUUUGGGCGAACAAUAUAUCCCGAAGCUUACAGGAGCUGGAGAAGCAGGUCACGAACAAGAUCUCGGAGUAGGUCACCUCUCCAUUUGAGUGAAAAAGACAAGAGGGAACUCCUGGAAAUUGCGAAAGCUAAUGCUGCAAAAGCUCUGGGAACAGAUAACAUAGUCUUGCCAGCAAGCUUGAAGAUCCUUACUCCUUCCAAAGAGAUAAAAAAUGAAAAAGAGCAUGAAGAUCCUGGAGAGUCAGCUGAGCAACCCAGAAGACUAGCAGAAGACAUGACCAAGAGUGGAAUGGAGAGAGCAACCAUACAGAGAAGCAUUUCUUUCAGUCCUAACAAUACAAUGGCAAAACCAGUACUACAGAAGCCAGCAAGCCAUGUUGUUAAAGAACCGACAGUUUCUCCAGGAAGAGAAGAUGACAGAAAGGGAAGUCCCUAUGGGCAAUGGGUUCCUGUCAAGAAGGAGAAGAAAACAUUUUUAAACUUCUCACCUAAAAGUGCACCGUUCAGGGCACGCUAGCGUAUUUUUGUCGCUGUUUCUGACUGCCACAUUAUGCAUACUUUAGUGAGAUCUGAAAUUUUCUGAUAAGGUUGGAGACUUGUUCAUACUGAGUAUUUAUUCUGAGAUCUUAAUUUUGGAAUCUUAGGUUUCUCUUUCAGAUCUAGAGCACAGUGAUCCAGAAGCCACAGAUGGGAAUCUUGUGUAUAUUUGUAAAUAUUUUGUAUUGCUUUAAUGGACUAGAACUUACAGGUGGGUAACUUUUUCUAAACAAUAGUUCGGUAGCUGUUAUUUUGAACACUUGAUUUACAUUGUGUAACUGUUUACUUAAGUAAAUAAACUUUAGUUUUGCACUGGC